CCUAUGGGUCAUGCAGCAAAUAAUGCACUUCUUGUAACAAAUACAUAUUAAAUCUUUCUAGGCUAAAGGGAGGAUACCAGUGCUCGCCUACCACAGUGCAACUAUCUACAACAAGGAGCUCUUUGUUUUUGGAGGAACUUUCCCCAGAAAGGCAUCGCUGGCAGUUGCACCCUGCAGCAAUAUGCUCUAUGUCUUCAAUCCAGAGCAUGAAAUUUGGUAUCAGCCCAUUUCAGAAGGGGAGAAGCCUCUUCCUAGGCUUGGGCAUUCAGCUACUCUAUUGAAAAACAAGCUGGUGAUUUUUGGGGGUCAGAGGACUUCUGUCUACCUCAGUGACAUGCACAUUCUGGAUCUGGGUAAGAAAGUCUGUGCCUCAAAAAGGUCUGUUCCAAGACAGGGACUUGGGAGUGAGGUGUGCUCAAUGGGAAAAUAGCAAGAGCAUUAUACAAACUCCUGACUAGGCAAUGGAGAUGAAAAACUAGGGGUUAAAAAAAACCCCUUUCUGGGGCAAUAAGGGAGGGAAAAAAGAAAAAACAAUGGCUUUUUUUGGAAGAAGUUGGGUAACAGAUAAGGUAGAGGCAUUGCUGAUGUGGCAGAGUAUGUUAGUUUUUGUCUAGUUAUGAGGCUGAGGUUUUUGGACAUUUCACCUGCCUUUUCUCUGUCUGUCAGGUUUCAUGGAGUACACAUCAGUCCCCCUCCUGGCAGGACAGCCUUCUGCACGUAGCUUUCAUGCAGCUCUGGCUGUGUCGGACCAGAAGGUUCUGAUCAGUGGAGGCUGCAAUGCCAGAGGAGCCUUGCAAGAUGCCUUUGUCUUCCACCUAGACACUCUUUCAUGGAGCACAGUGAUACACCACGACCUCUGCUCUGUUCCCCGAGCUGGCCACACACUGCUUGACCUGACUCCUGCCCAUGUGAUGGAUAUGGACAAGGAGAACACAGAGGAGCAGAAGCUGCACAUGGUGUUGGUCUUUGGGGGCUCCAACUGUGCUGGGACCUUUUAUAACAGCACCCUCAAGAUCCAGCUGGACCUAGGGUAAUGCAUGAUUCACAGAAUGAGCCUGAACAGCAAGGCUCUUCACCAGCCUCGAUACACACAUGGAUGGCAAUAAAUGAGUCCAAGCAACUUGGCAGUCCAGGAAUCUGUAUGUAGGUGAAUGGCACCUUGGUACAAGAGACUGGGUCUGUAAGGUCUGAAUGCCAUGGGUAUUGUUUUACUAGGGUACCCGUACACAGUAUCUGGGCUCAGGUGCCAAAACAUUCAGUGGGAUCUGAGCUGACUCUGCACAAGAACACAGACAAAGGUUAUGGGUUCCUUUCUUGCCCUACAGGUUUUUAGCUGGAAUUCCCAGGGUGCUUUCAGCUUUGUGGGUGACUUAGGUGUUUGGUUUCAUUUGGGAUGAGUGAAAUGGUAUUUAUUGCUGCUAUUUUACAGUAAAAGCACAGGCAUGGUUCUGGUUUGGAGGGAAUCUGGGGUGGAAUUUCCUUGGGCAACAGUCUGCAGCUGAAGGCCAGGAAACCACCUAGAGCAGUAU